CCUAUUGCUGAGAUCUAGAGACUUAGGAGUGACAUUUGUAACAAUAUAAAAGCUCCUCCUGGGAAGAUGAUGUCUACCAAAGACAUGGCUAAAGUAAUGAUUGUCCUGAUUGUAAUUUGCUUUCUUACAAAAACGGAUGGCAAACCUAUUAGGAAGAGAGCGGUCAGUGAAAUACAGCUUAUGCAUAAUCUGGGCAAACACCUGGCCUCCAUGGAGAGAGUGGAAUGGCUGCGUAAGAAGCUGCAGGAUGUGCACAAUUUUGUUAGCUUUGGAGCCCAACUAGCUGCCAGAGAAGGGGGUUACCAAUGGUUCCCUAAAAAGGAGGAUAAUGUCCUCAUUGACAACUUGCAAAAAACUCUUGGAGAGGGAGACAAAGCAGAUGUGGAUGUAUUAGCGAAGGCCAAAUCUCAGUAA